AUGGUGUUUGCGGACCCUCCAGGUUCAAGCAACUAUAUCUAUGCAGAGGUACCUGUGGGGAUGCUCAAUGACGAAAUCGUGGACGUCGCUUUCGUGAACUUGGUAGACUGGUACCACUUCCCUGGAGGUCUUUUGGCGCUUGUCAGGGCCCACCGAUUCUACGACGGCGGUGUCAGUCUUGGUGAACAUUGGAAGCACAAGUAUCUUGUCGACAUCGACGGUAUGGGAUACUCUGGACGGUUCCUCUCUUUCAUGGAGUCGGACAGUGCAGUGAUGAAGUCCACAGUCCAUCGGGAGUUUUUGUCCGACUGGAUACAACCUUGGUACGUGCUGGAGAACAACUCUACUCGCUGUUGCCCUAAGCCGUUUCCUUACCCCAUGUUACACUACAUACCCGUGUCUCAAUCAUACCAGGAAAUUUAUAAUAUACACGCAUUCUUCUCAGGAGCAACCCCCUCAACCCUAAAAAUUGCUACUUUGACGGCAUCAGAUCUACUUCCUGACCAACGCUGUACGAUGGACGGAGACCGCCGACUGGGACGUAUCGCAGGUGCUGGGAAGCAGUGGAAGCGGACAAUUGGAAGACGGGUGGAUAUGGACAAUUGCUUCCCUCUACAGAGGCUCAAUUAUCUCCAGCUCACGACCAACAUUAUGGUGCCUACGAUGAUUGACCCUGCUGUUGUAUACCUCUCCGAGGAAGGAUACGAUGCUCUUGAUCGCGGACAGCGGUCGACGUCUGGCUCAAGGCGGCAAAAGGUAACGACUUCUCGGGAGUCGUAUGGCCUGGUUGGCGGGCACUUGUCGAAGUUUUUUGCUUCGCAUGAUAGACAACUGGCUAUCGCUUCAGACUGGUUCACCCCCGCUGCACAAGGCUUCUGGUUAUACGGAUUUAGCACCUUCUACAACGUUGAGACAGGUCUCGACAUUCAAGCGCUUGGAUCGGCAUGA